ACGGAAGUUUAGUUCGCUUCAUAAUAUUAAUUAAAAUUUUAUUUGUUUACGUAGCGGACAACUUUACAACAUGUUUUCCUGAGCACAUUCACUGGCACUUGUUACAAAAAAAGUCUAAAACAAUGCAAUAUCCAGAUGACAGCCGACUUCGCGUCCGAUCCCAACCUCAAGCUGGUCGUUUUACGCAAACUCGAAGUGGUUCGGUUGUUAAUUUAAAUGACCCUUCUUUAAUGAGGGCACAACAGUAUACAAUCGAUAGACAAACUAUAAUGCAACAACAGGCCCGAGGAAGCUUGACUACAUCCGCUUUACCGUCGCGUUCGCGUCGUCCGUCGUCCAUGGUGAACGGUAAUGCAAGCAACGAAAUACUAAUGGAGAUGGAAAGAAUGAAAAGAGCCAUUAUGAGUCUGCAAGAGCAACUAGCAUUUGCAGAAGAUACCAUAACUGCAAUGAGAUUAAAGGAAAGGGAGGCAAACGAUAGAAAAGCUCUAGAUCUUCAGAAACAAAUUGAAUCAAAUGGCCGAUUUGAGAAUUUAUGUCAAGGUGCUACGCGACCUUCACAAAUUGUAGAAAAAUACGAUAUUCUUUAUACCCAAGGUCGAAUUGAUGCAAUUGACGAUUUAGAUAAGAUAGCUGGACUUUCAAAAUAUGGUAAACAUCAAGAAAUGAAGCAAAAGGUCUUGUACGGUAUCAUGGUGGCUUCAUACAAAGUUGCUUACGACUAUCUCAAUCAACUUAAACUAAAUAUUCGCCGGUUGCUUGGAAUUCCUGAAAAGUAUACAGGUAACGAGAAAGAUUCAUACGGCGAGGUUGUUAAUUUUUUAAAUACUUAUUUUCAAUCAACUACGCAGACUUUUAACGUGGAGCCGAUUGUCGAGGAUGUCCAAGAGCAACUAGCGCAGCUUUUACCAGAAUUUCCUAGUUUGUCAAAGCUGCCGGGUAUUGCUUUGUAUACAGCUGACUGUUGUCGUAUUGCAUGGUCAAUGGUUAAUCAAUUUCCGCCAAUGGAGUUAGAACACAGUCAAGAAAAAUUCAUUCCUGAAAUGCACGCCCGUUUUCACUCUUCCUCGGAAAAAAAUAAUAAAAUCAAAAUGUACGUUUGGCCAUGUUUGGUUGACUCUAGCAAUAAAAGUAUUUUGUAUAAAGGCGUAGUAUGGACAUAACUACUUUAACACAUUUAAUUUCUUGAGUCAAGUUUCUUGCAAUAUUUUUUCAAUAAAAUAUUUAUGUAAAUAUAUAACUACAGCUAUGUUAUAACUGUGGGCGUAUACGUAUACGUCCAGAUGUAUUUGUAUUUGUAAAUUGUUACACAAAAGCGACAAUCCUAGGCGCGUUCAAUGUUCA